AUGGUACUAAAGCUUAGCACGUUAAACGUUAGGGGGCUAAAUAGCCCUUACAAGCGCAACCUGAUGUGGAGGGAGGCCCUCUCCCUGCAGUGCGAUAUCUUCUGUGCCCAAGAGACACAUAUUCUAGCUGCUGAUGCUAACCGUCUUAAACACAGAUGUUUCCCAGUUAUCCUCCAGGCUCACUGCACUAAAAAGAAAAGAGGAGUGCUGCUAGCAAUCAGAAACACGGUGGCGUAUACUGCGGUAUCCUCCAAUGUCGACUCCGGUGGGCGGUUUAUUAUUCACGUAUGUUAUCUGAACAACGUCCUAUACACCUUGGUAAGUCUCUAUGCACCCAACACACAUCCUCAACGCUUCCUUCAGAAGCUCCUGAAUAAGGUCCAAUCCGUCCAACAAGGGAGGGUCCUUAUUUGUGGUGAUUUUAAUAUAGUCCCAGAUAUAUCUGUAGACUCAUCCUCCCUUACAAGAAGGAACUCUACUACACUAACGGGCAUACUCUCUAAGAUGGCCCUAUACGACAUUUGGCGCCUACACCAUGCCUCGGAACGUGACUACACGUAUUUCUCUCCCUCGCAUCUGUCGUAUUCCCGCAUAGAUCUUGUGCUGCUGGACAGAGCUUCACUCCUGUCUAUCACAAAUUCCGAUAUAGGUACCAUAUCAUGGUCAGACCAUGCACCCGUUUCAGUGAUAGUCUCAGAACAGUAUAACCGCCCUCCGAACCCGACUUGGAGAUUGAAUGAAUAUUUACUGGCAGACAUGGAUUGCCAGCUAGAGGUGAAAGCCGCACUGUCUGAAUAUUUUCAGAAUAAUGUCAACUCAGUAGAUAAUCCUUCUAUCACCUGGAUAGCGCACAAGGCCUAUAUUAGGGGCAUUUUUAUUAAGCUUGGGCACAGAGCUAAAAAGAAAAGGGAACAUCUCACUAAUUAUCUACUGAACAAAAUCCGUGCAUUAGAGAUUCUGAAUAAAGCGUCUCCUACUCUUAGCCACUCGGAGGAGCUUUGCUCUCUUAGGGCUCAGCUGAGGGAGCACACACUGCAUAACUAUGAAAGGUCCCUGAAAAAAGUGAAAGCUCUGUAUUAUUCCCAAGCAAAUAAGGCUGGGAAAUUACUAGCCAACAGAAUCAAAUGUAAGGCCCAAAAUUCCCGGAUCGCCUUUCUCUGGAACCCUUCAAAAACUCACAAAAUAUAUGACCCAAAAGGAAUUGCAAACAGUUUCAUGUCCUUUUACUCGCAACUCUAUAACUUAGCUGAUAAUAAGGAGGUGGUUCAGCCUUCUGUACAGGACAUAGAUACAUUUCUCGACUCCCAAAAUUUCCGGCCUAUUUCCCUCCUCAACACUGACCUGAAAAUCUACGCUAAAUUACUGGCGAACAGGUUGGCGGAGAUCGUCCCGUCUCUGAUUGCCCCUGAUCAAGUGGGUUUCGUUGCAGGUAGGCAAAUCACUGACAACUCUAGAAGAGUAUUAAACCUUCUUGAUAGAGUCAACAGUCUGCGAGUACCCACGGUGUUCCUUACGCUGGAUGCCGAGAAGGCAUUCGACCGAGUUAAUUGGUCGUUUGCCUUCUCGGUGCUCCAAAAGAUGGGAUUCCCUGCUGAUGUUAUCAAAGCUAUAGGAGCAUUGUAUAGGGGCCCUGCUGCUCGAGUUUUGACCAAUGGGGAACUGUCAGACCCCUUUAUCCUUUCAAAUGGAACUAGGCAGGGAUGUCCCCUAUCCCCCCUCAUAUUUAUUUUAUCCCUAGAGCCGUUAGCACAAGCUAUCAGACAAAAUGGGAGUAUCUCGGGAGUCCAGAUUGGUGAUAGGCAACACACUCUUUCACUAUAUGCGGAUGAUAUAAUCCUUUCCCUGACCAACCCGGCCGUAUCCCUCCAUGAGCUAAAAAAGGUCAUACACACAUAUGGCUCUUUGUCAUUUUAUAAGCUUAAUGAGAGCAAGUCCCAAGCCCUCCCCCUUUUUAUACCCAAUCAUACCCUGAACCAGUUAAAACAGUCCUACUCUUGGGAUUGGCAAACAUCAGGAGUUCAAUACCUUGGGGUCCAACUUACCCCCACUAUCCCAAAAUUGUACGAAGCGAAUUUUCCUAUUUUCCUCAUAGAUCUCCAAAAAGAAUUGGAUAACAUAAUGAAAACGGAGCUUUCAUGGUUGGGCAGGGUGUCAGCCUUUCAGCAGCAUGUGCUCCCUAAGCUUCUUUAUUUGUUCAGGAUUCUCCCAUUGGACCUUCCCAGCUCCUUCUUUAAUACUGUUAACAAACUACUGAAUAAGUUUAUCUGGAAGAAGGGCCCACCUCGCAUCGCUAAAUCAAUAAUGUCCAAAUUUAGGAAAGUGGGAGGCCUAAAUCUUCCAAAUAUUUUUGAUUACUACCUUGCCACUAGAGUACACCAACUUAAGGAAUGGUGGGUCGCGGAUAGUUCCAAACAUUGGGUCCAUAUUGAACAGACACUUGCCCCUACCCAUAAUUUGAAGGCUAUAUUGUUAGCCUCUCUUUUCAAGGAACCAUCACCACACUCCCUCCCGUAUUUAAUCUCUGCCUCUUUGAAAGCCUGGAAAAAAUACCAUGGAGGUGAGCACAAGACAUCUGUUUCCAUAGCAAAAAUCACUCCAAUAGAGGCGUUGCAGUACCUUAUCCCUGAUCUCUCUCUAGAGGGAUGGAAAAAGGAGGGAAUAGUAACGGUGGCGGAGUUGCUAAAUUUGGAGGAUCUUGACUCCUUUGAAAACUUGCAAAAAAGGUUCAAAAUACACAAAAACGACUUUUACAAACAUGGCCCUCUACCAAAUUUUUCAUCUGUUAUCUAUGGCCUUAAAGAGACAGGAAAAGCUUUUGUAAGACGAAACUCUAUUCAUCUGAGAAAGGUUGUAAGGAGAAGAUCAAGAUUGGCUGAUCAGUAUAUAGCUAUUCAACAUCGACAAGACCAGGUACCAUUACCCACUCAGCCUGGUCAGGAUGGGAACAACUAUACAAGAAAAGAAGCACAAAGAAUAAUUCAGUGGAUGAAGGAGAACCGGCAGGAGUUCAUCCAAAGCAAGAAUGGAAUUGUAAUUAAGUCAGGCUAUGAUCUCACAGAUGGUCGGAUAAGAUUUCCCCUGCAAGUCAAUGAACCUAAGACUGUGACUGUUUCUAUUGACAAUACAUCCGAUGAAGCCGUGACAUUUGUCCAGUACAAACUUCUGCGUAAGAUGCGGGUGUUUUCACUUCAAGAUGAACAACAGAUUUCUGCUGUCAAUACAAAAAUUUUGAAUCCAGGAGAUGUAUAUGAUGUUUCUGUGACGGCUGAAACGGCUUAUUACGGCUAUUUCCCUGUAACUAUUGUAUUUGAAUUCACAAGAGGAAAUGUGGAGUCCAUGGAGAAAUUUCUUAUUGGGAGGUUCAUCUCUGCAGUUUCUAACAGUAGAUUAGCUGAUGACCUGGCACCAACUUCCAGAUACACCCCCUAUCAAAGGAAUCUUACAAGGACCUUGGAAAGAAUUGAGGAUGAUGGAAUCCAACCUGACAGGUCUGUAGCCUAUUCAUUAGAAAAGGAGAUUCCACUUGGUAAUUUUCCUGUACCUUCAUACCUGAGAGAUGAUAUAAGAAAUGGACUGUUCUCCAGCAGAUCUACAUGGUCUGGACUCAAAUUAUUUCUUCAGCCCCUACUACGACUACCCCUUUUGUCUGCUUUCGGAGGGCAACGCCUGGGGUCCAGCAUAUCCAGGAACUUGCUGAUCUCAACCCUAGAGUUUAGCAACUAUCCCGAUAAAUUUCACUUGCUGCUACACCUAGAAGAGAUACAAAUGGAGAUUGACAUCCGGAAAUACGACAAAGAACGACAGACAAUGGAAAGAGACAGAAAUCUCCUAAUUCUUCAUGUGCCGGGGGUAGCUGAAAACCGCCCUUCAGUAUUAAAGGGAGAUCACCUUUUUGUCACUCUGUCAAAUGAACCUGAAUCCCCAUCUAAAGUCAGCUACAAGGGUUAUGUGCAUGGUGUCGAGCUGGAGAGAGUCAAACUUGGAUUUUCUCAAAAUCUUUUGCAGAAAUUUAUUUCAGGAAUGCUGUUUGAUGUCACUUUUACUUUUAACCGCAUGCCGCUGAAGGUUCAACAUCGGGCAGUUGACUUGGCCAAAAAGAGAAACCUGCAAGAAUAUCUGUUCCCAACUGGAGCACGCCAGCAAUGUAUUGUGAAUACAGACAACCUGAGACUGUAUGACCAAAAUCUUGAGAAUAACCAAGAACAGUACAUGGCAGUAAAGCAGAUUGUGAGUGGAUUCUCCAGACCAGCUCCUUAUCUCAUAUUUGGUCCACCAGGCACUGGAAAAACUGUAACUUUGGUGGAGGCCAUCAAACAGGUACUAAAGAAUAUCCCUAAGUGCCGUGUCCUUGCAUGUGCGCCAUCGAACAGCGCGUCAGAUCUGAUCUGUGAGCGCUUGAUGAAACACAUAGAUAAGAAAGAUAUUUACAGGAUGAUGGCCAGCAGCAGAGAUUUUCGUUUUGUUCCAGAAAUGAUCAAGCCCUGUUGCAACUGGAAUGAUACAACCCAGGCAUAUGAAUAUCCUUGCAAAAAUAAGCUUAUGGAAUACAAGGUUAUCAUCACAACUCUUAUUUCAGCCGGAAGGCUUGUUUCUGCGCAGUUCCCAGAUGGCCAUUUUACCCAUGUGUUUAUUGAUGAAUCUGGACAUGCAGUAGAGCCUGAGUGUGUAACAGCUAUAGCAGGUAUUCUGGAUGUGACAAAAGGAGGGCAGUUGGUUCUGGCUGGUGAUCCACAGCAGCUAGGCCCAGUGUUAAGGUCUCCAUUUGCCAUUGAGCAUGGAUUAAGUCUUUCAUUGCUGGAAAGACUAAUGACUCAUAAUCCACUGUAUGAAAAAUCCAACGGAGCUUACAAUCCUCAAUUUGUCACCAAGUUACUGCUGAAUUACAGGUCCCAUCCUGACAUUCUCUCUGUUCCAAAUGAACUUUUUUAUGAUAAUGAGCUCCAAGCCAAGGCUGAUGAAAUGGUCACACGUGUAUACUGCAACUGGGAGAAGCUUCCAAAGAAGAACUUUCCACUCAUAUUCCAUCAUGUGCUGGGGAAAGAUGAACGAGAAGGGAACAGCCCAUCCUUCUUCAAUGUACAUGAGAUAGAGGUUCUGGUGUCUUAUCUCCGUGACUUGCUGGAGACACAAGGAAAGAAAGGCAUAGCCAAAAUUUCUCCCAAAGAAAUUGGCAUAAUUGCUCCUUAUAGAAAGCAGGUGGAAAAAAUUCGGAAAGCCAUUGAUAAAGAAUUCAGAGCUUUAACUGACAUUAAAGAUCUUAAGAUUGGAUCUGUGGAAGAGUUCCAGGGUCAGGAACGGAGAGUGAUCCUUAUAUCUACAGUGCGGAGUUCUAUGGAUUAUGUCAAACUUGACGAAGACUUCAGUCUUGGAUUUUUAAAAAACCCUAAGAGGUUUAAUGUCUCCAUUACAAGGGCUAAAGCUCUCUUAAUCAUGAUUGGCAAUUCCAUCAUCCUACGAAAAGAUCCAAAUUGGUCUCGAUUUUUGAAGUUUUGCUGUGAUAAAGGUGGUCAUCGUGGCUUCCAAGCUGAUGACCUUGAAGAUCUGGAUGACACAGAACUUGCAGACCUUUUUGGAAACAUGAAUGUUAAUGAACCACAACCUAGUGAACCGAGUGGCGAGAGCGUAGUACAGCAGCAGGGAGAGCCAGCAUGGAGACAUGAACAUUAACUUAUCCUUGCUGAUGAUGACACUCAUAGGAGAUCUGCACACAGUCCUAUUUUUGCUUUCGGACUGAAGCCUGCUAUAGUUUUUAUAUAUAGCCCAAGCAGUCUUUUUUAUUUUUUUUGACAAUUUUUUUUAUGACUGCAUUAAAUUAUAUGUGAUUUUUCCAAGUAAAAUGUCCUCUUGAUAAGUUGAUGAAAAUGUUAUUUGUCGUUCCAAGAACAGGUAUAAUUCUUAUAGCAAGAUCAACCAGAUUUCUCAGACUCCAAAGCUGGAUAGUUUAUGGCUUAUAGAAGCCUAUUUGUCUGUAGGUUUGCUGUUUCUUAUUGUAGGAAGCCGGAUGAACCUAUGUGGCCUAACUGGUGGUCACCAAACUUUCCAUGAAUACAUUUGACAUAUACAUAAAUAGUGCAUCUGCAGCGUUAUUCAUGUUUGUAAAAAUACCAAACUUUAUUAAAGUCAAUGGGGUCUGUCAUAAUUCACCAGAA